AUGAAGACGCAAAACGGCCAAGGUGUGAUUUUACACAGCAUCCGCACCAAAGCCGUGGAGUUUCAUACGAAGUACUCGGUUACUCGGGAGAAGUCUGCCGCAUCCGUCGCCUCGGUUCAUCUCGGGUUUCGGGAGGACUUCAUCAAGUCUAAGGAGUCGGAGGAGCUGGAGAGGCAGAGAAUCAAGGACGCUGAAGAAUUGAAGAAAGCAGCCGCUGCCGAAGAGAUGGAGCACCUGGAAACAGACUUGGCGAUCAACGAGCUUGUUCGAAAAGCUGCCAAGAAGCACGCGGAGGCGAUGUGCAAGGAGGUUGCAGCGAGCGUCGAAGCGAAGCUUACUGCCAAGUUUAAGAAGAGCUUGUCAAUGGGAUCGCAGGAUUUCAAGCCGGCCCCUGCAGCAGCAAAGCCCAAGGCGGACCCGUCCAAGGAUCGCCAGAUGAACACUGGUGCCAAGGCACAUGCGCAGUCACGCAUUCUGGACCGGGGAGUACACAAUCUGAGCGCUAAGGUCUUAUCUCGCGACAAGACUAAGGCGCUUGGGACGGGACUGAAGUUUAUACCAACAUCAGCCUGGAAGUUUUCCAUCGAAGCAAAUUUGCAUCAGCUGCAUCGACGGAUCUCCCUCGACUUUUUCUUCAAGGGAAAAGGACCAUCAGCUUCAUCACGUUUCCGGGUGAAGAAUCCGAAUUGGUGGCCCGAUCGGGCCGAGGUCCCGGAGCAAGUCUUCAAGGAGGCGCGAGCCGACCUUUCUUUCCUGGUGAAGACGUGUAAGCCGCUGCGGGGACAGAACCUCUCACGGGGUGUGCGCGCGGCUAUACGUUCCCUAUCGCUCGACAGCAGCAUAGUCAUCAAGGCAGCUGACAAGCAUGUGGGAGUGACGGUGAUGGAUCGAGCACACUACGUCGCGAUGUGUAUGGAGCAUUUGAGCGACGCGGAUGUCUACAGACCGGUUCGUCACGACCCAACUCCUCGUGUUCUGCAACAGCUGAGCAAGCUGAAGACGACAUGGGGGCCUGCUUUCCCGAACAGUAUCUGGAAAUUCUUCUUUGACAAACCGCCAGGAGGGUGGCGUCUAGCGGCUUAUUACAUCCUACCCAAACUCCAUAAGAAGACACCAGUGGGGCGCCCGAUUGCAGCUUUACACUCAUGGGUGACAACUAACGCGAGUCGGUGGCUGGAUGCGCAACUUCGACCGCUAGUUCUAAAACGUGCUACCUAUCUGCGCAAUUCUCUCGCAUUGCUAGCGAAGCUGGAGACAACGGCCUUCCCGCCUAACAUCCUCUUAGCUACUUACGACGUCACCUCGCUCUACCCCAGCAUAUCCAUUGAUCGAGGACUCGAAGUAGUUAGCCGUUUCUUGCCGAGGGAAAAUCCCGCAGCUCGCUCAACCGCUCAUGGCCCUUCUGGGUUGGGUCAUGAGAAAUUCUUUCGUGGAAUUUGA